UUGUCCUCAGUAGUCAUCAGUAGUCAUCACUGGCGUUUUCUGUGAUUGUUUGAUUUCACUUUGUAUCAUAUUUUGGUCAGUUUUGAUUAUAAAAUCGCUCAAAGAAUAAAAUUGAUCUCACAAAUUUGACCUACUCUCUGAGAAAUCAAAAUGAAAAAGUCACCACUGAGCAGAAUGAACGGAAGCCAAAGUUACUCGUCUCCGUUAGGAAACAGGAACUCCGGAGGCAACAGAAACAAUUCGCAAAAUCCCAACAGGAUAAUUUACGAUAAUUUUCGAAGCGACAAUCAGGCUGGGAAUUAUCAAGAAAUUCAAAAUAGUGGAAGCAAUUUUAUUCCCUUUCAAACGAGUUCGCCCAUGUCUCAGAGAAAUAACAGCGGCAAUUGGCAAGGAUCGGGAGGAAGCUACUCGGGAGGUUAUAAUAAUCGCAGAAAUAAUUUUCACAACAGUCCAGGAUCUAAUCAAAGUAGCCCUUACUCUCCUUUCAAAAAUUCGAGCAGGCAAAAUUACGGAAAGAAGAAUUAUCAGAAAAAUUCUCCAAGAAAUAUAGACAUCAAAGCAUAUCUAGAUGUAAAGUCAAUAUUUGAGAAUCCAUGGGCAGAAUUCGAAGUGGAGUUGAACAAUGCAAAAUCGGAAAAUGAUAGCAAAAUCCUUGAAAACGAGAGUUUGGAGGAUUCAAAACUGGAAAGUAGUAGUGUCAGUGCUGACUCGGUAUCAGACUGUUUAACCGACAGAACGUUAGAUAUCAGUGAUUUGAGUCAAGACAUUAAGCCAUCACCUGAGGAGUCCUAAUUUUCAUCUCUUUCCAAAAAUCCACAUUAUUUUCUAGAAAAAUUCACAUUUUCUCCACUUUUUUGUUAACGAUUAAGGAUUUUUUUUUUUAGAAAUAUGGAAACGGAAUUUUAUCUCGAAUAUUUUUCAGCUGUAAAUACGUUUUCAAUGAACAGGGAUUGUAUAGAAUUCUGCUAUCUUGAAGGAAAAAGAUACAAGAGUUUGCGAUUCUGUUUCUUUAUUUGAAAAUUUAAUAAUUUUUUUAUUUAUGAAAAUAAAAUUAUUACGAUUAUUUAAAUUUUUUAAAAGUUAUUUUAUUAUUAUUUAAUUGAAAUUAAAAAAAAAAAAAGUUAGACGAAAGAAAAAAUUAAAAAUUGAAAAAUGUUGGCUUUAGGACUUUUCUUUGAUUCCGAUGUAUCUUUUUCCCAAGGGCGAGAAAAGACUAGUUUAUUAGAUUCACGGGUAGAUUUUACAUGGAUAGCAUGUAUGGUGUCGUACAAAGUUGUCAUCGAAAUUUAUUAUAAUUAAGUGGCUGUGACAGAAAAAAAAAAAAAAUU